AGACCAAAGGAAGGUUUCAAGAAGAAUAACAUGUAAAUAUUAACUGAAAGUGGAAAAGGAAAUGAUGUCCUCUUCCUCUCUAUCUUCUUCCCUUCACUGUUUCCCACCACCUUCCCCUACUUUCCAAAACCUCAAAAAUAAUGAUCGCCUGAUCCACAAUUUCAACACUCCACUUGAGCUAAAACAACUCCAUGCCCGCCUUAUCAAAACCAACACUCCUCUCUCUAUCCUCCCUUUAACCAAAGUUGCUUUUGUUUGUGCUCUCUCCCCUUCCUUCUCUUAUGCCCACCAAAUCUUUUCUCAUCUCCUUGAAAUACCUCAAACUUCCAUUUGGAAUUCUUGUUUAAUACGUUUUGCUGAGGGUGAUUGCCCUUCUAAUGCCCUUUUGUUGUUUUAUCAAAUGCGUUUGUUUGAUGUCUUGCCUGAUACUUUCACUUGUUCUUUUGUCCUAAAAGCGUGUCUGAAACUAUCUGAUGUUGUGAAUGGUAAAACCAUUCAUGGGCUUUUUCAGAAGCUUGGGUUUGGCUCAAAUUUGUUCUUGCAAAAUAUGAUCUUGAAUUUGUAUGGUCUGUGUGGGGAGAUGGGUGAUGCUAUGUUGUUGUUUGAGAAAAUGCCGCAACGAGAUGCUGUUACUUGGAAUAUAGUGAUAGCCCAGUUGGCCAAGAGGGGAGAUAUUGAUGGUGCUUAUGGCUUUUUCUUGCGGAUGCCUAACAAGAAUGUUAGGUCAUGGACUUCGAUGAUUUCGGGUUUUGUUCAGUGUGGCAAACCUAAUGAGGCUAUUGAUUUGUUUAUGAAGUUGGAAGAUGAAGCGGUGAGGCCGAAUGAGGUGACUGUUGUUUCUGUUCUUGCAGCUUGUGCUGAUCUAGGUGAUCUAGAUCUUGGGAGGAUUGUUCAUGAAUACUCGACAAAAAGUGGGUUUAAGAGAAAUGUUCAUGUUUGUAAUACCUUGAUUGAUAUGUAUGUCAAAUGUGGAUGCUUGGAGAAUGCCAGAAGAGUUUUUUAUGAAAUGGAAGAACGGACUGUGGUGUCAUGGUCAGCAAUGAUUGCUGGGCUUGCAAUGCAUGGACAAGCAGAGGAAGCUCUGUGUCUUUUCUCUGAGAUGAUCAAACUAGGUGUGAAGCCUAAUGGGGUUACUUUUAUUGGGCUCUUGCAUGCAUGUAGCCACAUGGGAUUGAUUGAUGAGGGUCGUAGGUUUUUUGCUAGCAUGACUGCGGAUUAUGGUGUAAUUCCACAGAUUGAGCAUUAUGGUUGCGUGGUUGACCUUUUUAGUAGGGCAGGGCUUCUUGAAGAGGCUCACGAGUUUAUCUUGAGCAUGCCUAUUAAGCCAAAUGGAGUGGUGUGGGGGGCUCUCCUUGGUGGGUGCAAAGUUCACAAAAACAUUGAUUUGGCUGAGGAAGCAAUAAAACACCUUUCUGAAUUGGAUCCUCUUAAUGAUGGGUACUAUGUGGUUAUAUCAAACAUUUAUGCAGAAGCAGAACGAUGGGAAGACGCAGCAAGGGUGAGGAAGUUGAUGAAAGAUCGAGGGGUGAAGAAGACAAGUGGGUGGAGUUCAAUCACUGUUAAUGGAGUGGUUCAUGAGUUUGUUGCUGGAGAUCAGACACACCCUCAGGCUGAGGAUAUAUGCAAGAUAUGGGACAAACUACUGGUCAAAAUGAAGCGUAGAGGAUAUGCACCUAAGACAUCUGUAGUUCUGUUGGACAUGGAAGAGAAAGAGAAGGAGAAGUUUUUGUAUCGUCACAGUGAGAAAUUAGCUGUGGUUUUUGGGUUAAUGACCACGCCAGAGGGAACACCCAUCAGGAUUAUGAAAAAUCUCCGUGUUUGUGAGGACUGCCAUGCUGCCUUGAAAAUCAUAUCAGGUAUUGUCAGUCGAGAGAUAAUUGUACGUGACAGAAACCGUUUCCAUUGUUUUAGAGAUGGCCAGUGUUCUUGUAGGGAUUUUUGGUAAUUUAGCGAUGGCAACAAAGUUUUGUCAAAUUGCAAUGUCACAGUUGGCUGCAAAUUUUAUCAUCUUUUCCACACUUUUUGGUUAGAACUUUAGGCAAUUGUGUCUUGAAGUUGUGAAGAGAGAAGCAAGUUGAACCAAAUAGUACUCGGUUUAAUGCCAAUUUUUGCCUGGGUUGUCGUA